UCCUGGAACCCCAAAACCCGGGACCCCAAAAACCACUGGGACCCCAAAACCUGGGACCACACAAAAGCACUGGGACCCCAGAAACCUGGGAUCCCCAAAAAUCACUGGGACCCCCAAAACCCCGGGACACACCCCAAAACCACUGGGACCCCCAAAAUCCCAGGACACUCCCUGAUGGGGACCCCAAAACCACAAAACCCCAAAAACCUCAGGAUCCCAAAAACCACUGGAUCCCCAAAAACCACUGGACCCCAAAACUGCUGGGACCCCAAAAUCCCCGGACACCCCAAAACCACUGUGACCCCAAAAACCCCGGGACCCCCAAACCCCAGGACCCCCAAAACCCUGGGACACCUCCUGAUGGGGACCCACCAAAAACACAGGGACCCCAAAAACCGCGAGACACUACAAAACUCCCUGGGACACCCCAAAAACCCAGGACACCCCAUGAUGGGGACCCCAAAACCACUGGGACCCCAAAACCACUGGGACCCCAAAACCCUGGGACACCCCCAAAUAUCUCAGAACGCUGGGACCCCAAAACCACUGGGACCCCAAAACCACUGGGACCCCAAAACCCAGGACCCCAAAACCCUGGGGCACCCCCAAAUGGGGAUCUCAAAAGCCUGGGACCCCCAAAAACCACUGGGACCCCAAAACUCUGGGAGACCUCCUGAUGGGGACCCCAAAACCCCGGGACACCCCAAAACCCCCAGGACACUACAGAACUCCCUGGGACCCCCAAAACUCCCUGGGGUCCCCCCAAAUCCAGACCCUCAAAACUACUGGGACCCCAAAAACCGCGAGACACAACAAAACUCCCUGGGACACCCCAAAAACCCAGGACACCCCAUGAUGGGGACCCCAAAACCACUGGGACCCCCAAAACCCUGGAACACCCCCAAAUGGGGAUCUCAAAAGCCACUGGGACCCCCAAAAACCACUGGGAUUGGGAACCCCAAAACCCCGGGACACCCCCAAAACUUCCUGGGGUCCCCCCAAAUCAAGACCCCCAAAAACUCCCCGGGACACCCCAAAAACCGCUGGGACACCCCAAAAAUCCCGGGACCCUCCUGAAUGGGAACCCCAAAAUCCCCCAGGAUGGGGGACCCCAAAACUCUGGGACACCCCAAAAACCACUGGGACCCCUCUCGAUGGGGGACCCCAAAA